CUCCUCUCGCUCAAUCCCUUGCGCCCCGCUGUGUUUGGUCAUUGCCAUGAGAUUUUUCUGCAUUUUGGUGGCCUCCCUCCAUGUGCUGAGCUUGGCAGGCAAUGAAACCCAGGUGGGCAAUGAAAUGGAGCUGGGCAAUGAAAAGAACAAGGUGGCAGGCCAUGAAACCAACAAGUGGAAAAAGCAGCGGCAGAUCAACAAAGCCUUCUGUGGAACGGAAGCGUAUGAGUUGGAAACCAGUGGAAAAUGGUGCAAGUCCUGGUGGCUGCCCCCACAGCGCUGGGAUACCCUGAUCAUCAACACGGUUUCCGCAUGUGCGGUGUGUGCUUUUGCCAGUGCCGGGGCCGCCUGCCCUGCAUGUGGCCAGGCCGCUGUGGUAGCAUUCUUCACGGAUAUGGCCAAAAGCCAUGCAAACGCUGUGGAACGACAUCUUGAAGGGGAAGUGGUACCAUGCGGAUGUAAGUGGCUGGAGGGUGGAGGCCAGAGGUGGAUGGGAAACUUACAAAGGCCGUGAGUGCCAAUGGGGCAUUUGCGGCCCUUGGAUUUCAGGGCAAACCCAAGCCUAUGUCCAAGUGAGUGUCCAUCUCAAGGGUCAUUUCUUCUACGUGAAGAACAGUUGUCACAAGAAAGUGCAGGUGGCCAUCCGCUACAAGCGCACCAACGGCCAGUGGGCCACAGAAUGCUGGUGGAAGCUCAAUCCCAACCAAGGCUUUUACCUUGCGGACAACGGAGAUCGCCUCAUUACGGAGAACAAGAUUUGGUACUACUACGCCGAGGAGAUUGGUGGAGGUGGCGUUUGGUCGGGCACUGACAACACCAAGACCUGUGGCGGCAGAACGCUCCGCAUGAAGGAGAAGAACUAUGUGGAUUCUGACCGAGACCUUUACUUGCGACUCACCUGCAGCAAUGCCAAGAGCAGUGAAGUGGGUGAAGACCUCGGCCUUGACCCGGACAAAAGUAAUUCUUCUGCAGAUGUUGGUGUAGGCGAGCGCAUUGAGGAGAUCCCAGGUGCUGACAAUGCAUCUACUCGAGAGCUGCUGCCCUGAUGAUGGGCAGCCGUGAUUUUCAUUUAAACUUAGCUUGAGGCAGCACCAUUCCUACUUUUAGACACUGGUGCAUCUUGGGCCUACAGUCAACUCAUUUUGCCGCAGAGUAUAGGUUUCCAAUCAGUGAAACAUGUGAGGCAAAAGUUGAGCUUGGCAUUCAUACAGGGGAUCCUGUACAGUUCGGUCGGUGCCACUCCAUGUGAUUCAUCCUUGGUGUUGGAUUCCUUCUAUGGACCAUGGGACAAAUUCAAAUGUUCAUAGAAACCAUGACCGCUGCGACCGCGGUGGUUUACCCCAUGACCAAGCUCCUCAUGAAGCGUGUUGAAGAGCGCGCAAGAACAAAAAAAUGACCGCGUCUCAAAACUGAGGCAUGUACACAUGCAUAGGCAUGGACAAGUCAAUGGUGAAAGCAUGUGAAAGCCAAG